UAAUGUGUCAGCUCCAGUCCGCUUUUUCGGUUUAUCUGAUUCCUGUUUUUAAUCAAAUGUUUUUGAAGUGAUAAAAAUGACCUGCUGUAGUCGUCUCGGAGGCUUCAUCGCCGUCUACUGGCGGACGUUUGUCCUGAUUAUCGUUCCCUUGGUAGCAUCGCUGGUUUUCCAUUUCGAUACCGAUCCCGCCUAUCGGUGUAUGUUUGUUGUCAUCGUGAUGGCUAUCUACUGGAUAACGCAAGCUCUACCUCUUCCGGUGACCUCCCUCCUACCAGUGGUUCUGUUCCCUCUGAUGGGGAUACUGGACACCGAUCGGACCUGCAUGAUGUACAUGAAGGAAACCAUCGUCAUGUUGAUCUGUGGAAUAAUUCUGGCCCUGGCGGUAGAAAGCUGUAACUUGCACAAAAGGAUCGCGCUGGUCGUGAUUCAAAUCGUCGGUUGCAGUCACAGGAAGUUGUUCUUCGGAUUGACUCUGGUGACCAUGUUUAUCUCGAUGUGGACCGCGAAUACUGCAGCUUGCGCUAUGAUGAGCCCGGUCACCAAAGCUGUUCUUGAGGAAUUGGAAUCGCAAGGACUUUGUAAGAUGUGGUUGACGAAUUCGGAUAAGGAAGGCGAACAGAAAGAACGCUUGCCGAGCAAGAUCACAAUAUGUUACUUUGCCGGGGCAGCUUAUGCGGCCAAUCUGGGAGGCUGUGGAACACUUAUCGGAACUGGCACUAAUCUCACGUUCAAAGGAAUCUAUGAAACUCGUUUCCCCACGGAAAACAUAGAUUUUCUUCGCUUCAUGGUUUUCAACGUCCCGCCCAUGAUCAUUUCGAAUAUUUUGAUCUACUUCUAUUUGCAAAUAGUAUUUAUGGGAAUGUUUCGACCGGGAAGCUCAGCCGCUAAAGAUGCAUACAUAGAUGAGCAAGGUGAAACUAUUGCAAGAAAUGUCAUUCGUGGAAAAUAUGAAGAACUCGGCACCAUAACUAUCCACGAAAUUACUGUUGCAAUCCUUUUUCUUGUAUCCGUAUUACUAUUUUUCACAAGGCGCCCUGGAUUUACGACUGGAUGGGCUGAUGUCUUAUCAGAGGUGUCAAUUAAAGAUGGCACUCCUGCUGUAUUAGUCGUGAUACUCAUGUUUGUUCUACCAGAAAAAUGGACUUGGCUAAAUUACUUUAAACGCAACCCAGAUAACUUGCCAACAGAGAGCUCUCCUGGAGUGAUAACAUGGAAAUACAUCAACGAUAAAACUCCUUGGGGAUUGGUGUUUCUUCUUGGAGGAGGAUUUGCGCUUGCCGAAGCUGGUAAGGUAUCAGGCAUGUCACUGAUGCUUGGCCAAUCGCUGAUCGUGCUUGAGAAUUUGAAUCCUCUAGUGAUUCUACUGAUAGUCUGCGUAGCUGCUCAAGUAUUCACGGAAUUUUCGGCAAACGUAGCAAUAUGUAACAUCUUACUACCAGUGCUUGCAGAAAUGGCGAUAGCCAUCAAGAUACAUCCAUUGCAGCUGAUGCUUCCGGCUGCAAUCUCGUGCAGUUAUGCAUUCAUGCUCCCAGUAGGAACUCCUGCAGUCGCUUUCGUGGCCGGAUUGGGCAACAUUCAGAGCAAGGACUUAAUGAUCGCUGGAAUAGGGCCCAAGAUCAUCACCAUUAUGGUCAUUUGGAUUGCCUUUCCAAUAUGGGGCCUGGUUAUCUAUCCCGAAGCUGCCGAUUUCCCAGACUGGGCCAAAGAGAAUGAAACAGAGACAUGGAGAAGAUUCAGUAUGUUGUUCGAUCCAUACACAAUGUUUGAAUAA